UGGUCACCGUGAGCUGCGGCGAGCGCAGCUUCGCCGGGAUCCUGCUGGACUGCACGAAAAAGUUCAUAGUGGACGGUGAGCACAGAAGUGCCGUGUUUCCCUUAACUUGGCGGAAGAAGUCUGGUUUUGUGCGUAAAAAGUAACAGGUUUUGGCAAAAGGGCCUCGCAGGUGACAUCGCAUUUGUUUAGAAGUUACGCAUACCUACGCGGCCUUGUUUUUCACUGUUUGGAACAGUGAGUGUCUUCCUGCUGCACCGGGUGUCGCUGGUCCGGCCUGUUUGGCCUGCCCCUGUCGGCCCCGCUGCCCCAGCCCGAGGACCCCCCAGUCAACGGCUGCCACGGCCCGGCCCCCGCGGAGCAGGACGGAGAGGCAAUGCAGCUGGGGACAGUCCCUCCACCGCCUCCCGACGGGGACCAGCCCCCCGAGACUGCAGACCCCAAGCCACCGCUCGUGCCCCCGUUCCCACCGUAUUUCGAAGGCGCCCCCUUCCCUCCCCCGCUCUGGCUAAGAAGCACCUACCGGCAGUGGGUGCCGCAGCCGCCCCCCCGGACCAUCAAGAGGACACGCCGGCGUCUGUCCCGCAACCGUGACCCGGGUCGGCUGGCCCUGAGCCCCAUCCGCCUGCGGCCGCGCCAAGUACUCUGUGAGAAGUGCAAGAGCACGCUGAGCCCCCCCGAGGCCAGCCCCGGCCCCCCAGGUGCCCCGAGGCCGCGCAGGAGGGUGGGCAGCGGCCCUGGCUUUGACAGCGAGCCCCGCAAGCCGGAGGACCCGGCCGGCGGCGGCGACCCCGCGGCCACCACGAGGAGGAGCAAGAGGGAGAAGCGAGAGGAGGACAAGGCCCGGGUGCCACGGAGCCCGGCCAUCAAGAUCUCCUACAGCACGCCCCAGGGCACGGGCGAGGUCGUGGAGAUCCCCUCCCGCGUGCACGGGUCCCUCGAGCCCUUCUGCCCCUCCCAGGCCCUGCACGGCGGCGGCCAGGACCCCAGCGGGCCCAGCGCCUCCAUCCCCAAGCUGAAGCUGACGCGCCCCGGGCCCCCUGGCGCCGGCCUGCCGCCCCCCAAGAUCCGCCUGAAGCCCCACCGCCCGGGGGCCGGGGAGCGGGAGCCCGUCUACAGAGCCGAGCUGGUGGAGGCGCUCAACGGCCACGGGCGAGGCCCCCGGGCCAGCUCACCCCCUCUCCUGGGCCACGGCUCCGCGGGCCGUGGGCCGGCGGACUCGUCUUCCGGAAGUUCUGGCGAGGACGAUGACUUCAAGCGGUGUCCCCAGGGCAAACCCCAGCAGGACGGCCUGGCGUUCCUCGCCGCCUGCCCUGGGAGGGGGACGGGCUGUGCCGGCGAAUCUGUGUGGAGCAGCGACAGCCUGGACGAGUCCAAAUCGUGCAGCUCGGAAGUGCCGUCACCGGACACGUGCGACCUGUCCGGCGACGGUGCGUCUGUGAGGUCCUCGUCCGGGGCCGCGAGGCAGACGGUCCCGCCCCUGACAGUCAGGCUGCACACACAGAGCGUCUCCAAGUGCGUGACUGAGGACGGAAGGACCGUGGCCGUAGGGGACAUCGUGUGGGGUAAGGUUCAUGGUUUUCCUUGGUGGCCAGCGCGUGUCCUUGACAUCAGUCUUAGCCAGAAGGAGGACGGGGAGCCUUCCUGGCAAGAAGCCAAAGUCUCGUGGUUUGGUUCUCCGACUACGUCAUUCUUGUCUACUUCAAAACUCUCCCCUUUCUCUGAGUUUUUCAAACUGAGAUUUAACCGUAAGAAGAAGGGGAUGUACCGGAAAGCCAUAACGGAGGCCGCCAAUGCCGCGCAGCCUGUGGCCCCGGAAAUAAGGGAGGUCUUAACCCAGUUUGAGACGUAAGCCGCCCGACCAGGUCACCGACGGUGAGGGCGCGGCUGUUCUCCUGGAGCUUCUGACUUUGGGGGUGCCCUCCGCAUCACCUGUUCCGUCUGAGGGGCCCCGUGUGCCUUCUGGCCAGCUGCCUGCACAAAUGCGCCAGGCCCACGGCGGCCAGCCUGCUGGGGGGUCCCCAGAGGGGAGCAGGUGUGUGUGGGGAGGAGGACAGCCCCCAGGAGCACCGCGGCUCCUCCCCGCUGAACGACUUUAUUCCCCCGACUCAGGCUUUAUAGCUCCUGUGGUUUGUGAAGUUCCAGGAGCCCACGACGCCCUUCCUGCUGCUGCCUCGCCCACUGGGGCACCUAGCAGGGGCGAGGCCUGCCACCCCGCGUCCAGGUCCUGGGCCAAGCCCCCUCAGGCCCGCAGGCUUCCAGAAACCAGCUUGCACGUGUGGGGCGCUUCCUCCCCAAGCCCUCUGCGCGGGGUCUCUGUGCACUUGAGAACCCGGAACCUGCCCGGCCUCCCCCAUGAUCCUCCCAAAGCUGGGGGCCCGCGGGCGCCCUGGCGGUGAGGGCCUGGGGAGGGGAGCCACUCUGGGAAUGCGGGAGACUUCCAAAGGAAAACAGCUUGGCCUGUUGUUUGUAGGAGCUGCUCCUGUCUCCUUUCUGUCACUUUAAAGACCAAAAAGAAAAAGAAAGAAACAGAAAA